UCUCUCCGGCUGCCGGCGGCGGCUCUCGGCCAUGAGGAGCCGGAGCGGGAGGCGGCGGCCGCGUAAGGCCCUGCCUGGGCUGUGGCGGGGGCUCAUGGGUUUGGGGUGUCCCUCGGACCGCCGGGGGUAGGGUAGGGUGUGUGUCCCGUCUUCCUCCCCCGCCGCCAUGUACACCUUCGUGGUGCGGGACGAAGGUAGCAGCGUGUACGCUGAGGUGAGCCGGCUGCUGCUGGCCAGCGGGCAGUGGCGGCGGCUCCGGAGAGACAACCCUCGCUUCAACCUGAUGCUGGGAGAGAGGAACCGGCUCCCCUUCGGCAGGCUGGGCCAUGAACCCGGACUUGUGCAGCUGGUGAAUUACUACAGGGGAGCAGACAAGCUGUGCCGCAAAGCAUCUCUGGUGAAGCUAAUCAAGACAAGCCCUGAACUAUCGGAGUCCUGCACGUGGUUCCCCGAGUCAUAUGUGAUUUACCCAACAAACUUGAAGACCCCCGUGGCUCCAGCACAGAAUGGAAUUCGCCAUCUCAUAAACAACACAAGGACAGAUGAGCGGGAAGUCUUCUUGGCAGCUUACAACAGGCGGCGGGAAGGCAAAGAAGGCAAUGUGUGGAUCGCCAAGUCCUCAGCUGGUGCCAAAGGGGAAGGCAUCCUGAUUUCUUCAGAGGCUGCAGAGCUCCUGGACUUCAUCGAUGAGCAGGGACAAGUGCAUGUGAUUCAGAAAUACCUGGAGAAACCUUUGCUUUUAGAGCCAGGGCAUCGCAAGUUUGACAUCAGGAGCUGGGUUCUCGUGGAUCAUCAAUAUAAUAUCUACCUCUACAGAGAGGGUGUCCUGCGGACCUCUUCCGAACCAUAUAACAGUGCUAAUUUCCAGGACAAAACCUGCCACUUGACCAAUCACUGCAUUCAGAAGGAAUAUUCCAAAAACUAUGGGCGGUAUGAGGAAGGGAAUGAAAUGUUCUUCGAGGAGUUCAACCAGUAUCUGAUGGAUGCCCUGAACACGACGCUCGAGAAUAGCAUUUUACUGCAAAUCAAACACAUAAUAAGAAGCUGCCUUAUGUGUAUAGAGCCUGUAAUCAGCACAAAGCAUCUUCACUACCAGAGCUUCCAGCUCUUUGGCUUUGACUUCAUGGUGGAUGAGGAGCUGAAGGUCUGGCUGAUAGAAGUCAAUGGGGCCCCAGCAUGUGCCCAGAAGCUGUAUGCAGAGCUCUGCCAAGGAAUUGUGGAUGUAGCCAUCUCUAGCGUUUUCCCCCUCAAUGACACAGGGCAGAAGACGAGCCAGCCAUCAUCGAUCUUUAUCAAGCUGUGAUCAUGACAGGAAUGCCUCUGCUGUGCACAAGGAGAGACUGCACCCAUCGGGUCAGCACAGUUCGGUGGCUUAUCUCAGUAUCAUGCCAAAAAGUGAUAGAGACAGGCUUCUUUUCUGGGAAAUCAUGGGGAAAAACAACAAAACAGACAUCCACACAGAGCUGCGAUGAGCCAGGGCUGCUCAGAUAACUGCCUGCAUUCACCAAAAUCCACUUUAGAAACAGCUCGUGUGACUUUGAUAUCUGAAACAAAUCUCUCUGGGAGAACAACAACAUAACCUUAAAAUGAAACCCCAACAGGGAUACU